AUGAACCAUAAGAAAGAGUUUGCAAACUAUAUGGAAGAUGAGAACACCAUAAUAACGCCUAACAAGAGGUUUGAGACACCUGGGUCAUUGAACUUCACACCCAAAAAACAGAAGAACAACUAUCUCGAUGAGUUUGGAGACAAAGAAGGGCGCAUGCCUUGUAAGUUUCGCUUCAAAAAGCAAUGCUAA